UUGAGAAAAAUCAAGGGACGUGAAAUUAACUUAGAGAAACAGCAAGACAAUUUGAAGAAUCAUUCCAGAAAAUUAAAUAUUAUCCUCAAGAAAACUCCAAGGGAAAAGGAAGAUGAUGAAUGUAAUAAAUCUGAGAGUAGUUUUACUCCACAGCCAACCAAUAAAUGUGAUCAGCUGGAAGGGUACCCAGAUCUUACUGAAGAUCAGAAAAUGUCAAAUGCCCCAAAGCCUUACAAAUGCAAUGAAUGUGGGAAGACCUUCAGUCGAAUCUCGUACUUUAAUGGGCACAAGAAGAUUCAUGAUCCAGAGAGAUCUUUCAUUUGUAAUCAUUGUGGGAAGGACUUCCCAAGGCCCUACAAACUUACCGUACACCAAAGGGUACAUACUGGAGAGAAGCCUUAUAAGUGUAAUGAAUGUGGAAAGUCCUUCUCCCAGGGCUCAUCCCUUACCCUACAUCAAAAGAUUCACAGCGGAGAGAAGCCUCAUAAAUGUAACGAGUGUGGGAAUACCUUCAGCCAGCGCUCAACACUUAUGGCCCAUCAGAAGAGACAUACCGGAGAGAAGCCCUAUCAAUGUCAUCAAUGUGAGAAGGCCUUCAGCCGCAGCUCAAGUCUCAGUGUGCAUAAGAGGAGUCAUACGGGGGAGAAGCCCUAUCCGUGUAAUGAAUGUGGGAAGGCUUUCAGCCAAACCUCAUCCCUUACUGUGCACAAGAAGAUUCAUACUGGAGAGAAGCCGUACAAGUGCAACAUAUGUCAGGUGGCCUUCAGGGAAAGCUCAGCCCUGAAUGUACACAGGAGGUUACAUACUGGGGAGAAGCCUUACCAAUGUAAUCACUGUGGAAGGGCCUUCAGUCAGUCCUGCAGCCUCGCUGUCCACAAGAGAAUACACACUGGAGAAAAGCCUUAUAAAUGUAAGGAGUGCGGCAAGGCCUUCUGUGAGAGCUCAUCCCUUAGUACACACCGGAAGAUUCACACUGGAGAAAAGCCUUAUAAAUGUGAUGAAUGUGGCAAGGCUUUCAGCCGCAGUAAAACCCUUCACACCCAUCAGAAGACUCACAGUGCAGAAAAAUCUCAUAAAUGCGAUCAGUGUGAAAAGUCCUUUCACUUCAGCUCAUACCUGGCUGCGCACAAGAAGAUUCAUACUGGAGAGAAACCUCAUCAAUGUAAAGAAUGUGGGAAGGCUUUCAGACAAACCACAGCCCUUACUGUACAUCAGAGGAUUCAUACUGGAGAAAGACCCUAUAAGUGUAACCAGUGUGAGAAGGCCUUUCACCGCAGCUCAUACUUGGCUGUCCACAAGAAGAUUCAUACUGCAGAGAAGCCUCACCAGUGUAAUCAAUGUGGAAAGGCUUUCAGAACCUCCUUGAACCUUGUCGUCCAUCAGAGGAUUCAUACUGGAGAGAAACCAUAUCAAUGUAGUGAAUGUGGGAAGCUCUUCACCCAGAGCUCCAACUUUACCUUACAUCAGAGAAGUCACGCUAGAAUGAAACCUUAUGAAUCUAAUUAA